AUGACAGCAGAUACACCCGGCGAAGGAGGCUCGGCCAAGAAGCGGCGCUCAAUGACUGGCAACUUUCGAAAGAGUUCGGGCGGUGGUGCCAUACCACGAGCUCAGGGGUCUAUGAGGACAUCAAGAGUCACGGCCUUUCGCACGACAUCGCAGCCUCAGUACGAUAUAAUAAGUGGCCAGGAGGCAUCCAAUGGUCAAAACGCCGCAGGAUCUUUGCGCGCGUCUUCCCACGAGAGUUUCAAGGAGAACAUGGCACCGCCAGACGCAGAACACUAUGAGACACAGCGGAAGCAAAUAGAGGAGCUCAAGGCCGAGCUAGCUACCGAGCGCUUCAAGAGCAGCAGUUCAAUUCAGGAGACCGAGAUGAAGUUACUGCAGCAUCAGAGUGACGUGCGAGAUGCACAACGAAAAGCCGAUGAGGAUUUCAAGCAGCGCCAAGCCGCCGAAGGCGAGUUCCACCGAUUAGAACGUCAGCUCGAGUCUCUGCACAAUGAUCUGAACGAGUCCAAAGAGAACUGGUCAAGAGAAAAGCUUGCCAUUGAGAGGAAAGCACGCGACGCUGAAGACGAGGCCAGGCUACUAAAGGAACAAUUGGAGGAGCUAUCGGCCGCCAAGGAUGAGUCGGAGCGUAUCAGCCAGAAGAGAAUUACAGAUCUCCAAGCGCAAGUCACAAACCAAAGGCAAUCGCUCGAAGAGAUCGAGAAAGACGCCCAGGCACGGGAAACAUUGUUGCAACAAACCCAGGAACAACUGGCCGACAAGGACAAACUUGUUGGUGACUUGGAGGCGGACGUUCUACGGCUGAAGGCACAGACGGGAGAUGCUGAUACUAUUGCUGUUAUCAAGCGCGAGCUUGCUGAACAAGUCUCCCAUAUCCGUUCAUUGGAAGCGAAGACGUCUAAGCAACAUGCUGAACUCACUCAUUUGCGCCAAAUCCACAAGGCCGUAGAGGUUGUGGAAGAGGAAAAGCGAUCAUUACAGCGCAAGCUCGAAGUGGCGCAAAGCCUUGAAACUGAGCUCACUGAGGCCAAGAUUCAGCGGCAGCGCUUGGAGGACGAGCGUCUGGCCUGGACGUCAUAUCUGCAGAAUGCCAGCGAAACCGAGGGGGUCAUGGAGUUUGACUCGCCAGAGGCGGUUGCUCGUGCUUUGGUUCAAGAGCGGUACAACUCUGCGUCCUUGAUCGAGAAAAUCGGCGAGGUGCAACCUCAAAUUGCCGAGCGCGACGAAAUCAUCAAGUCCCUCGAAAAUGAGAAAGGCAGCCUUGCUGCACAGCUCGAGAAGCUCAAGACCACGGCUGCGCCUGUCUCAGCCGACAAAGCUAGGGCCCGAAUUGAGCGCCAGCGAGCCCUUGCUGCCAAAGAAGUCGAGUACCUCCGUGCUCAGCUCAAAACCUUUGACGCCGAAGACGAGACCUUCGAACCCGAAAAGGUCGAUCAUGACCGUAUGGAGCGCAUUUCCCAGUUGGAGCAGCUGGUCGACAAGUACAAAUCCGAAGUUCAAGAGUUGCACGCAGAGCUAUCCUCAACAGAGAGUUCUUUGUCUGGAAAGGCUCCCGAACCUGUGGUUGGGAACAAGCGCAAGAGCACAGAAGAUAUCGACUCGGAACAGAUUGGCGAGUUGAAUCGUAAGCGACGCAAGCUCGCGGACGACUUGUCUAAAGCACAAGCCGAAUUACAAGUGCUGCAGAAAGAUAACUCGGUACUGCGAUCACGUCUUCAGGCGGCAGAAACCCAGAACAAGACUCGCGUGCUAUCGCUUCGAUCGAACCCUACAUCCGAUUGGGAAGCCAUCAAAGUGCGUGACAUUACAGCACUCAAGGAGGAGAACAAACACCUCCUCGCCAAGCUUCAAAAGAACACCAUCAGUCGUUCUGUACCCGUGAUCCCAGCUUCACAGCUAGCAGCCGCGAAGCGCGAAGUUGAGGAGGCCGAAAGAGAAAAGGCAUCAGCGGAGAAGAAAGUGUUGCGCUUGAAACAAGUUUGGGCCGCCAAGUCAAACGAGUUCAAGGAAGCCAUCUUUAGCACUCUAGGCUGGAAAGUCACGUUCAUCCCCAAUGGUAAGAUGCGCGUGGAGAGUGUAUACUGCGAAAGCCAGACAGAAGAGAACGAGAAUAGUAUUGUCUUCGAUGGUGAGCGCGGUACCAUGAAAGUGAGCGGUGGUCCACAGAGUCCAUUCGCUCUAAGAAUCAACGACCAAAUACAGUUCUGGGUCCGAGAGAAGGGUUGCAUCCCUGGGUUCCUCGCUGCUCUCACCCUAGAGUUUUGCGAAUCUGAGCAGACAAGAGUCAUUGGGUCAUGA